AUGCCAGCGCCUGCAGUGAGCACGAACGGUAAGACAAUUGAUGUCAGCGCCUUCUCCGACGCCUUCUCCAAGUCCUUUCGCAUCAAGUGCAAGGUGAAGUUUGAUGCCAUGAAUGCCAACUAUCCGAACAUCUUCCAUGGACUGAGUGCUUCAGAUGAUGUCGUAUUCACCAGCCACGGCCUGGGUCCUGUCUACGGCGGCAAGAGAGGCAAAGCGUGUUUCUACUCGCAGACGAAGUCUGGUAUGGGACCUCAUGGUAGGGGCUUGGAUGCUCCCGGAGGUUGGAUCGGGACCAGCAAGCGCAUGGAUGAUGGCAACUGGCACGUCUUUGAGCUCGUGAAGACGGGGACGAACGCGCAGAUCAUCCUCGACGGUGAAAAAGUCGAAGCAGGACUUCCGAGUGGCAAGACGGCAGAAGACUUCAUCCUCAGGCCCAUCAAGUCAAUCCAGGUGGGAAGUGCCAAAAGCUCCGGCUUCAAUGGUGACAUUGGCGACGUGGAGAUUCACGCGGGCUAUGCCAACAAGCUGAUCUAUUCGGACAUCACCUGCAAGGGCGACGGUCUACCGGGCAAAGCGACUUGCGACGAGCAAGAUGUCACGGCCUGCGACGGGAAGUACACCAAGGAUCUCGUCGUCCAGGCUGGCGCGCCCGACACUCUUCUGGACGACUUCGCAGUACAUUCGGCUUUGGCAGCGGCAGCACUACUAGGACCGGGACUAUUCGUGUGGCUGAUGGACCGAUUGGCCAGAGGCUUGAGCACUUUCUUCUAUCCGGACCAGAAGCUCUUGAAUGAUUUCUUGGACUUGGGCUACGCCUACCUGCCUCUCACAUGGCUCGCAUCUUUGGCUCACUACCUGAAGCUUGGUCUGGUGGAUGCCGGGCAGGUUCUCCCGACCGCCGCGCGCACCGCGAGCUUCUUCGUGGCGGGCCUGGCAGAGCUCCUUGGAACCCUUAUCUUACCUUUGGUUAGUAAGGAAUGGAAGAAUGGUAGUAAUAGUAGUUAUAAUUGUAACCAAAUUACCCAAAUUGUACCCCAUUCCUCCAUUCCCUACUAA